AUGAUGAACUUUAAUUAAUACGGAGUAUAUAUUUGCCAAACUUAUAAAUUUAUACUCUUAUGGUAAUAUUUUUAAAAAGAACGUUUCUAUAUCAUAUUUUUUUGCUUAUAUAAUAACAGAUAACUAACGUUAACAUAGUUCUUUUUCCGUUUAAUUCUGAACGCACGUCUAGGGUUUAUGCAAAAAUUUACAUUUUUGGAGCAUCGAUUCCUUCAACGUGCAGUUGCUCAACCGCAAAAAACUUCCAAUUGCAGUUCAUAUAUAUUACAGGCUACGCCAUGCAUUUCUUCCACUUUCGCCGUGCUGCCCUUCCGAUUCUCCAAGGUAGUCAUUCGUAAUCUCCUAACUCACUUAAUCGGCUAGCCAUGCAAUUCAUUCUGAAAUUGCUAAUUCACUCGUCAAUGUUGAAACCUCCGUAUAUGUUCACGCUUAUUAAUCAUCUAGGCUCCUUUCCAAGAUUACCUUGUUUACACAUUUAGCAAACAAACCGUUUUUACCAACCAUUUUGAUCAUGAAUGUCCAUUACGUGUUCGACGAAAUGCCUUAACCACCAUUAUUUAAAAUGUAGAAUUCAGUUGUACAUGUGGAAUGAACUCUUGCGUUUAAAUAACACUUAACCAUGGUAGAACACACUCAUACAUUCACUUAUAAUUCUAAAACAUGUCUCAUUUUCCGUUUACAUGUUCAUUGUGUUGGAAAUAAGUUAAGGAAGAUUUGGGAAAUUGGGAGGCUAAAUUAGAAAUAUUAUGAAAGAGAUAUUUGAAUAAAGUGGAAGAACUCUUCUUAUUAGAACAACUCAAUUUGUUUUAUUUGCUUGAUUCAAAGUGGGUGUAGGAGACCUCUAUUUAUCCUAGUACAAAGAUAUCUAGAUUCUUCUACAAUUAAUGCAUUUACACAAUUCUACUCAAUUAAUUAUAGGAUAGUUCUAGACCACAUCUUCUAGAGAAGCUCUAGAAUUUAUUCCUUCUACAUUUUUCUAUCACUUGGGUCUUCCGAACAACAACUAAAGUAAAUAUUAAUUAGGCCCAAAAACAAGUUCAAUUUUCAACAUCCCUCCUUAAAUUUGUUUUUGUAACUCCGAGCAUGAUCCUCAACCUUCGAAAAUCUUCGUGCUUGAGCGGCUUCGUGAAAAUGUAGGCGAUUUGAUCAUAGGACCUUACAUAUACCGUAAUUCAACCUCUUUUCUUUCAAUGCAUUCUUGAAUGUAGUGAUAGUGGGUAUCAAUGUGCUUACUUCGGUCAUAAAAUACCGGAUUCUUUCCCAAUGCUAUUGCGGACUUAUUAGCCACAAAUAUAUCUGUAGUUUCCUUUUGUGUCAUGCCUAUUUCUUUGAAUAAAUUUUGGAGCCAUAUAGCAUGACAAACACAAGAGUUUGCCGCAACAUACUCGGCUUUACAUGUAGAGAGGGUCACAAUAGGUUUUUUUAUUUGAACUCCAAGUAAAAGCCGUAUUACCCAUAAGAAAGACAAAUCCAGUAGUACCCUUACACUCAUCUACAUCUCCGGCUCAAUCACUAUCACUAUAUCCAACAACCUUGAAAUCUUUGCAAGAAUUGUAAAACAAGCCAAAGUUAAGAGUACCUUUGAUGUAGCAAAGAAUUCUCAUUAGUAAAAAUUUGUUAAACUGCGUCACGUCAUUUGAGGCGCUUAAAAAACACGCGCCUUUAAAAUAUACGACGUGCGGCGCUUUUCUCUCUAAGCGCCUCUAAUAUGUAUUUAAUUUUUUAAUUAUUUAAUGUUUCGGAUCUUUGCGGCGCUUAUAUAUAAAAGCGCCGCCAAUAUUUAAAUUAAAUUUUGAUAUUUAGAAGCGCAGGUAGGAGCGCCAAAACGAAAAAUUUGAAUAAAAUUUUAAAAUUUAUCAAGGCUUCUGCGGCGCCUAAUUAAUGAAAAGCGCCGUAUUAGAAAAAUAUUUUUUUUAGUUCUUUAGGAGGUGCCUAUAUCUCAAAAGCGCCGCAGAUCGACGCCAAAUUUUUAUUCAAAAAAAUCUAAUUUUUUUAAAAAUCGGAUUUUAAAAAGAGGCGUGCGGCGCCUAUAUGCAAAAAGCGCCGUAUACAUUUUCCGGUUUCUUAGGAGGCGCUUAUAUUUAAAAAGCGCCGCAGACCGACGCCAAAUUUUUAUUCAAAAAUAAACUAAGUUUUUAAAAACUCGGAUUUUAAAAAGAGGCGUGCGGCGCCUAUAUGAGAAAAGCGCCGCAUAAACUGUUCCAUUUUAUUUCGCCAUGGCCGGUCGUCGCUCGCAGUACUAAUCGAUUCAGCAGAGAUAAACCCUAAGCCGGCCGCUACGUCGCACCUAGUCCGUGGCCCAGCCGUCGCACCUCCGCCGUCGCACCUCCGCCGCUCCUCUGCUCAACCGACAACGCUCCUCCGCUCACCUUCGUUGCCGUCGAGGGUCGUCCGUCGCUCACUACAGCCGCGCACAGCCGUCGAUUGUCGUCCGCGUCAAGUGUGCGACGAGCUCCGGUCGUCCGCCGCUCAAUCCAGCCGCGCGCAGUCAUCGAGGGUCGUCCGUGUCAAGUGUACUUCGAGCUCCGGUCCUCCGGUCCGCUUGCCGCCGUCGAGCUCCGGUCCGCUUACUCCAGCCAUCGGUCUCCCAUUUCACAGCAGGUAUGUAUAUUUUUUAAUAAUAAAUUUUUUCAAUAUUUUUUAUUUUAAUUAAUUUUGAGUAAUAUAAUUUUGGAAUAGUUGUAAUGAGCAGCAAAACACUUCCAAGAGGUUGUUUUAUAUUAGCAUAACCCUCAAUUGCAAUCUUACAUAAAAAGUGUGCUUAAAAAGAAAAAAAGUAUGCAAUAAUUUAUUAUUAUUUUAUUUUUAGAUAAAGUUUAGUGUUGUUAAUCAUGGAUCGUAGCUGGAUGUAUGGUUUGCGAAAUACUUCUCAAUUUUUCAAUGGUGUUCAUGAGUUUGUGAAAGUGGCUGUUGCGCAUCAGAAGCAACAAGGACAAAAAGGAAUUUUAUGUCCUUGUUCAAUGUGCCGUAACAUUAAAAGAGAGAAUGACGUGAACAUAGUUCUUCAGCAUUUAUUUGAGAAGGGUUUUAGAGAAAACUAUAUGACAUGGACAUUCCAUGGUGAGAAUCGUGUGGAUGUCGAAUACCUUUUUCCUGGAGCAACUUCUAGUCAUCUAAAGCGUAAAGCUACUCAUAUUACUACUACUUCAAAUGAUAUUGAUGAUGGUGUUGCGGAUAAUGAUGUCAAUGAAGAUAGAAUUGAUGAACUCUUGAAUGAUGUUCAUGAUAAUUUUGAUUAUCAACCAAAAUCUUAUGAGAAUUUGAUUGAGGCCGCUAAUAUACCGCUAUUCACGGGUUCUGAAUUCUCCAAAUUAUCUGUUGUUCUCAAAUUAUUUUACUUGAAAGCUAAACAUGGGUGGAGUAAUGUUAGUUUCACUGAGUUGCUGAUAUUGCUUCAAGAAAUGCUUCCAGAAGGAAAUACACUUCCUGAUACAAGCUAUAAGGCUAGAAAAUUGUUGUGUCCAAUGGGAACAGAAUGGGAGAAGAUUCAUGCAUGCCCAGCCGAUUGCAUACUGUACCGCAAUGAAUAUGAAAACCUAAAUGAAUGUCCAAAGUGUCACGCUUCACGUUAUAAGAAAAAGAAGAAGGGUAUUAAUGUUGGGUUUGAUGCUGAAUACACCAAAACACCUGGACGUGUACGCGGUGUUGGAGGAGGUGUGGGGCAUAAAAGAGUGUUUGAGCGAGAGACGAGGAGUUCACGUAAGAUUGGUAAUUUGAGCGAUACUGAUUUGAAGAAGUUACAGGAUCAGUGGAUGAAAGAUAUGGAAAAAGCUUUUGCUCAAAGAGGAUUCCAAUCUACCACAUUUCCAUCUACGCAUUCUCAAACAGUAGACACUAUGAACUCCACUGCACCUAUUCCACGAAUUUUUGUUGUUGACGGUUCAUCCUGUAAGCUAGCUGUUGAGUCACAAACAGAAGAUGGACACAAAGAUUUGAAAUAUGUAGCAAUGGCUUUGGCUUAUAAUACCGCCCCGGGGACCAUGAUACAUAAUAUUCCGAUGUCUGCUAAUACCAUUAAAGUUAACAUAUCUAUGAUUUAUACAGGUUUUGAGCAAUGUACUCUUUUAGUUCCAAAUGAAAAUGCUGAGAUAUAUGUGUUGACAGACGCUAUAGGAUCAUUUGUUGAGUGGCCUAGUCAUUUAGUUUUUUUUGAAGGAGAGGAUCAGGUAAAGUCAAAGCGGAAAGAUGUGAUUCAAAAGAAUAAAGCUUUUAUUCCGAGAGAGUCUCCUCGGGUUGUGGUUCCUCCUAGCACAUACCCAUUGGUUAGUGAUACUAUUUUGCAGUCACUAACCGAAGAUUUAUUGGAGCUACAUGAGACGCUAGAGUGGUAUGAGCCAGAGGUGUGUAAAUUCUCUAUUGCUUUACCUGUUGAUGCUUUUCACUAUCCGCAAAACAGUUAAUUUGGGACUAUCAUCGAUCGUAAAGACUUGGCUGAAUUACUCGAGGGUGAUUCUGUGGAUAUGUGCAUCAUUCAAUCCUUUGCAUUGUGUGCCUUAGCUAAAUUGAAUGAUUUGCAACGUGAUUAUGUUGUGCUUUUGUGCCCCUUAUUGUGCUCUUAUGGUUCUUAUCAAUUUGACAAGAAGGACACAAUAACAUAUAUGAAACAAUCAUUGUGUGCGACAUUUGGAAAAAGAAUGAUCUUGCUUCCAUAUAAUGAAGGAUUUCAUUGGAUUUUGAUAGUCAUUUGCCCCUCGGUUAAUAAAGGCUAUAUCUUCAAUUCAAUCCCAAGCUUUUCUAAUAUCAGCAUUCAGAAAGAUCUAGCAUUAGCAUACAGAGUUGCUUCCGCAAGAAAUGGUGAUGGGAAGCCAAUCACAUGGCAUAAUGUUAAGUGUGCCAGACAAAACGAAAACACAGAAUGCGGAUAUUAUACCAUGCGAUACAUAUGGGAAGUGAUUUCGUAUGUUGAUAGCUUUGAUAUUGGAAAGGAUUGGUAUUCAAGAACUGAGGCAUAUUCUGAAGAUGACUUUAAUAACAUUCGCAAUAUAUGGGCACGAUUUUUCUUGGAUGUACUCUUAAAUAUGUAAAAGUUGAUUACAUUGGUUAUGUAUUGUGUUAAGUGUUUUUUGAAAUCAUUUUUAUGAAGAUUUUUGUAAUCUAUGUUGGUUACUUGAAUUGCUUACACUUUACUGAUUUUGUAAUUUGUGAAGUUCAUGUUAUUGAUAUUGUGAUUAUUUUAAAAAGUUUACACUUU